AUGACGACAAACAACGGCGCGCCACUUGCCACGCGCGCUUCGGCUGCUGAUGUUGAUGCCGUUGACACAUUUGCCAAGCAACUGUACCGAAGAGCGCGCAAUGCUGGUGUCGACUUCGCAGAUGUCGCAACUACUGUUCGCGGGGUCCAUACGGUGCUUAAGCACUUGAAAGUCGAGGUUGAAGAUCCAGGCUCAUUGCUCAAUACCGACCAGAGCCCUGUCUACGCUAGGCAGCUGACCCCGAUCCUCGAGGACUGCGACUUCACGUUGAAACAGCUUGCCACUAUACUGGAGAAGUAUGGAGCAAAUAGCAGCGGAAGUGAUGAGGAGGGCCGAAAUGGUGGCUCGGACCAAAAUCCUCUGGCAAGUCGUGAAAGAGACAUGAUUGCCCUGAUCCGUACCAAGCUCGCGAACCAAAAACUCAAUAUCGACAUGUUCCUUGAUACUGUACAACUGCAUAACCCGUCCAAGUCACACCCAGUGGUUGAAACGAGCAGCGCAAACCUCGAAUCGAUCAAGGACAAAGUAGAUGCCAUUGCCAUGAGAAUCACACAACGCAGGGAGUCGUCCAUGAGUGAGAAUGAUGACGAGCUCUGGUUACAAUUCCGGGACGAACUUGAAAAAGAUGGUUUCUCCAAGGACGUUUUGAGGAAUAAUCAGGACGUGCUUCGAGCGUACAUUCGACAGCUCGAUGAACAGAGCGUAGCAUUGGGGGGCAAAACGCCUACCGUGCGCGGGUUUCUCGAGGAGUAUAAGUCCAGUGGGGAUGUUCCACAGGUUACACCAUAUCCCAUGGGCCCAGAGGAGCACUAUAGUCCCAAGGAAGUACUCCCAACGGCAGAUAACGAAAAGUCCUUCCCAACCAUGAGAGCGGAGCGUCUUCAUCCAGACCACUAUCCACCGUACCCGUCAAGUCUGCCGAAACAGACUACUGAGCUGUCUUAUGAACCUCACUCGGAUGAUGAAACUGACAGCAAUUCCAUGGCGUUGGUUAUAUCAACACGUGAUAUCAUGGCUUCCGACAAAAAGCAGGCGGAUCUUACUUACGCCAUGGACAAUAUGCACCUUCUGCCACCCCCUGGAUACGGGCCAAAUUACUCGCACGAGUCAAACUUUUCGUCAUCUCCCCAUCAUCGUUACUUAGAGGCUCCACCGAAUGCUGGUCUAUUGACUUCUCCCAGUCUUCCUCCAGUUGACGAGUACGGAUUGUCACCUCGGUUUGUUCCUUCGUUCCCACCACCACCAUACGGAGCUUCACCACCCCCAACUUUGCAUUCAAGUUCUAUACCAGUACCGGCUGUACCAGGCGCAAACCCACUUGGGCAAAGUCGACCGCAACGUCCUGCGCGUCUCGCCCCGGAUUCCCAUGGACGAGAUAUCCCGCUUGAUGCACAGUGGACGCGAAUCAAGCGGUCUCUGAUCUCUCCUGUAGUGCUCGAAGAAGCUGGUGUGAGAUAUGAAGCACGACCAGAAUUCGUCGCCAUUCUGGGAGUGUUUACGAAGGAUCAAGUCGCCGAAUUUGCGCGCCGAAGCGCUGAGGUCAGGAGGAAUCGACAGGAACAAUUGAGGAGAAAUCGUCGUGACGAGAAGGAUCGUUAUAACCCUGGCAAGUACAUAAACCACGACGUCGCCCAAAAGACAAACGAGCAGAACGAUUACGGUCGAGGCCGUGCCAACAGCGAGUUCUCGUCUUCAUCAACAGAUCUUUGCGACUCGUCAGAUGACGACUCCUACGAUGACCCGCCGCAUCAACGCUCACAAGGUUCCUCUCAUCCUGACGAUAAGAGUGAUGGCCACGACGACGAAAAAGGCACCAAGGUCUACCCCUUUAUCGUGCCACCACCUGAAAAGGACGACAACCACAGUCCUUCGGCUACAGUAAUGCCAAAGCCUAUCCUAAAGAACAAAAAUGACGACCCGCAUGUUCGGUUUGAUCCGGAGCCGAAAGUGCUGUCUACGGCCUCGCCCCGCUCGGUCCCCCGACACGCAGAACGAUCAGAGAGGCGGCAUCGAACGGGAUCAGAGCGUGAACGUCACGUUCCUAGGAGUUACGAUGACAGAGAAGAUCGUCACCGUGAUCGGGAGCGCGAUGAACAUCGCAGACACCAUCGCCAUCACGAUGGCAGCCAUCGUCGAGAUCGGGAUCGAGACGAUCAGUCGAGAAGGCGACAAAGAGAUGAUUCUCGUCGUGACCGCGACCGAGAUCGGUAUAGGGAUGAUACCGAUAGGAGCGAGGAUCGUGCUGUCAAAAAACGAGUCCGUGGAGAGACACUUCGUGCAGUUGGCAUAGGUGGCGCCGCGGCAAGUCUUCUGAGCGUUCUUACCGAGGCUGCUGCUGGGUUCUAA